UCAUCAUGUCUGUUGUCUUCUUCACUUUUGAGUUGUAUUCUCGAAAGUAAUACAUAUUUUUUGAACAUACAAUGCAAUUGAAACUUGCUUACUUUUACAUUGACUUACGUUUUCUCAAAUUACUACUCGCUUUACUCCGUUAAGGCAAAUUAUUAUUUCCAUCGUUCAAAACUCAUCGCUCAAUCCUUCUCUUAUAUAUUUUGCAAAGUUUACUUGCUCUUUGCUCUCUCAAUGGACUUUGUUGUUGCCAUCGUUAGCUCUAUUGUCGCUAAAUCUGCAGAGUAUACGAUUUCUCCUAUCAUAAACCAUGUCAAAUACCUUUCCAAUCAUCAGCAAAAUGUUGAGACCCUCAAGCACCAAGCUGAGAAGCUGAAAGUUGCAAGGGACAGAGUGCAGCAUUCUGUUGAUGCAGCUUUACGAAACGGCAAAGAGAUCGAAGGCGAUGUUGACAAAUGGUUGUCUGCAGUCGACACAAAGAUCCUUGAACAAGUAGAGAAAGUGACGCAAGAUGAAGAAAAAGCAAAGAAAAAGUGUUUCGUUGGUUUGUGUCCUGAUUUCUGGACUCGUUACAAGCUUAGCCUGAAUGCUCCAGAGGAGGCGAAGGCUGUUGCCGAGCUACUUGAACAGGGCAAGUUUGACGAGGUUUCUUAUCCUGUGCCUCUGCAAGGUAUCACUGUCACACCAUUUAAAGGGUACGAGGAUUUUGAGUCAAGAACGUUGGUUUUGAAUGAAAUAAUGGAGGCACUGAAAGAUGAUAGCGUCAGCGUUAUUGGGGUGCACGGUAUGGGCGGCAUUGGAAAAACAACGCUAGUAAAAGAAAUCGCUAGAAAGGUCAAGGGCAAUUUAUUUGAUUCGGUUGUCAUAGCAACAGUAACUCAAGCCAUUGAUAUUGAGAAAAUUCAGAACAGAAUUUCAGAGUUAUUGGGCUUGAAAUUUGAGGAACAGAGUACCGAUGUAAAGGCACUUCGACUACAAGAAAGAUUGAAGAAAGAGAAGAGGGUUCUGGUCGUCUUGGAUGACAUUUGGGCAAAGGUUGAUAUUGAGGAAGUUGGGAUCCCUUUGGGAGAUGAGCACAAGGGAUGCAAGUUGCUGCUAACUUCUAGGGAGCUAAAUGUUUUAUCAAAUGGGAUGGAUGCUCAGAAAUAUUUUUCUGUUGGGGUUGCCCAUAGCCAUUGCGACAGUUGCAGGGCUUUGAGAAACAAAAGAUUGUUUGAGUGGAAGAAUGCUUUACGAGAACUAGAGAGGCCUUCAUCAAGCAACUUCACGGGGAUAGCUGCAGCAUAUUCAGCUAUUGAGUGGAGUUUUAAUUAUUUAGAAAGUGAGGAAGUUAAGCUGACUUUCUUGCUUUGCUGUGUAAUAGGCCAUAAUGGUCUGGUUGAAAAGUUGAUGAGAUAUAUUGUGGGUUUGGGUUUAUUUGGUGGUGUCAACACUAUGGAAGAAGCUAGAAAUGAAGUAUUGACUGUUGUGGCUAAUCUCAAAGCGUCUUCCUUGUUGCUUGAUAGUUAUGAUGAUGAGCACUUUGAUAUCCAUGAUGUUGUUUCGGAUGCUGCUUUAGCUAUUGCAUCGAGGGACUACCAUAUGCUUGUUUUGAGAGAUCAUAUUCCAAAGGAGUGGUCCGAUAAGGCGAAAAUGAACAGCUUGAGAGCGAUAAGCUUACCUUGUCCUCAAAUUAUAGUAGAGCUUCCUAAGGAGAUAGAGUAUUCAGGUCUUUCCUUUUUCCAUAUGGCCCAUGAUGAUUCAGUGGUAAUUCCUCCCGACUUUUUCAGAGGAAUUGAAAGCCUCAAAGUCUUGGAUUUACCUUCAUAUUCCUAUCUACCUGAAUCAAUUAAUCACCUCAUAGACCUUCGCAUGUUGUGUCUAAGAGGAUGUCUAGUUGAAGACAUAACCAUCAUUGGAGAGCUCAAAAGUUUAGAAAUCCUUGACCUUGCUUUCUCAAGGAUCAAAGAACUACCCAAGGAGAUAGCACAAUUGACUCGGUUAAGGUUGUUAGAUUUGAGUUGGUGUGAAAAACUCAAAAUCAUCCCACCAAAUGUUUUAUCAAGUUUGUCUAAAUUAGAAGAAUUAUAUAUGGAGGGAAGCUUUGUUGAAUGGGAAAAUGGAGUAGUUGACAACGAGAGGAGAAAUGCAAGCCUUGAUGAAUUAAACAAUUUGUCUCGUCUAACUACUUUAUAUGUUCGUAUUUCUGAUAUCCAAAUGAUUCCAAAGCAUCGAUUCAUUGAGACAUUGAACAGAUACAGGAUUAUUGUAGGUGAUCAUCCUAUAUCCAAGUGGCUCCGAAGACAUGAAUGUUCAAGGACAUUGACGCUCCAGUUAUAUACAAACAUUUGUUUGGAUAAUGGGGUGAAAAUGUUGCUGGGAAAGGCUGAAUAUUUGUACCUAGACCUAAAAGGACUUAAAGGCAUCAAGAAUGUACUUGCAGAGUUAAAUAAAGGGAACGAUUUUCCACAUUUACAGAGUCUUCAUGUCAAAAAUGGUAUCCAGGUGCAAUAUAUCACAAUGAACAACAUUGAGUUUUCUGAAUUACGUUUCAUAACACUUGAGCGUUUGCCGCAACUUAUUAGCUUUUGCUGUCAAGAGGAAAGGUGUUCCACGAGUUUUGAGCCCCUACCACUUUUCAUUAAGCAGACAUAUCAUUGGAGUUCGAAUUUGAGGAGGUUGAUUAUCACUGGAUGCGGCAAGUUGGAGCAUCUGUUAUCGCCCUCUGUCGCCAGGAAUCUGGUGCAGCUCCACUGCUUUGAGAUAGUGGGUUGUGAGUCCUUAAGGGAGAUAAUAUUUACAGAGGAAAUAGAAGAAGAAGAAGAAACGAGUAAUGUGAUUUCGUCAAUAGCCAAACAUCUUCCGCAACUUGAACAUUUAUGGAUAAGAUGGAGUGGGGUGGAGGAGAUUGUAUUGGAAGGGGAAGGUUUAGAGGAGCAGCCUGUGAGUUUUGAGUUUCCCAAAGUGUCUUCCCUUACGGUUGAACACUUAGAAAAGCUCAAAUGUUUCUAUAAAGGGCAACAUACAAUUGUGUGGCCAAUGUUGAAAAAAUUGACCACAGAUUGUUCUGCUUUGCUAAUGAUAGUGGGUUUAGAAGAUGUUAGAAUCCAGGAAACGAAGGGAAAUGGGGAGGCAGUAUUGUUGGUUAAGGAGGUCAUUCCCAAUUUAGAGAAACUUGAGUUACGAAAUUUUAGUGCUAUGGAUCAAUUGCCACCGGAUUUGUUCCCUCGCGUUAAGGUUUUUGAAGUGGGUGGUGGCUUCCAUAGUGGAUCUUCUUAUAUAUUUCCUCUCGUCCGAAGAUUCUACAAUUUGGAAAGGCUGAAGUUUAGUAAUUUUGAUUUCAAACAUGUAGUCCCUUGUAAGGGAGCUGUUGGGACUCUCUCACCAAUAAAAAAUCUGAAAUUGCAUUCUUCCAAAAAUCUUAAGCAUAUAUGGAGAAAAGACUCGGAACUUGGUCAUAUUCUCUCUAAUCUCCAAACACUCACAAUUUCGCAUUGUGAUGAUUUGAAAAAUAUUGGAGCCUCGUCAUUAUCUUUCCAAAAUCUCACAACUUUGGAGGUGUCAUAUUGCAAAAUGAUGACAAACUUACUUACACCCUUAAUAGUUGAGAAUCUGGUGCAAUUAACAACAAUGAAGGUCAGCGACUGCACUGAAAUGACAGAAAUAGUGACAAAUGAGGGAGACUACCAUCAGACAAUAGUUGUCAGAAAAUUGAAAUGUUUAGAAAUAAGCGAUCUACAAAGGCUCACAAGCUUUUGUCCAGGGAGUUACACCUUCAACUUCCCUUGUUUGGAAGAAGUAGUUGUUGAAAGGUGUCCUAGAUUGAAGGGUGGAUUCAAUAGCCCAUUUGAUCUGAAUAUCUCUGACACGUUUCCAAAGUUGAUAGAAAUAUGGAAAAGAAACCCUCAAGAAAUUUUGGAGUCGAAGAACCUUGGCAGAAUAGAGAUUUAUAAAUGUAGCAGCUUGAAGUAUAUUUUUGCCCCGUCUAUGCUUUUUAGCCUCAAGCAACUAGAACAGAUAGAAGUAAAAGAAUGCAAUACAAUGGAACAAGUGAUCAGGGAAGACGAGGAGGGAGUAACCAUACAUACGUUGACACUUCCUAAGCUCUCCUUUGUAAAAAUAGAGGUGUUCCAACUUGACAAAUUUUUAUUUGGGAAGUCAACCUCUUGA